AUGGAGCAGUUACGUAGACGGAUGGACGAGCUCCAGCGUAAGUUGGAAGCGCGAGAAGGGUCCCCGGAGCCUCAGGAGGUGUUGACCUCCCCAUUCACCGACGAUGUCAUAGCGGAACCGCUACCGAGGGACUUCCGAUUCCCAACCAUUAAGGCUUAUACGGGGUCGGCCGACCCCCGAGCCCACCUCCACAGGUAUCGAGCCGCCAUCAUGAUGGCGGGUGCAAGUGACGCCGUCAUGUGCCGAGGUUUUUUCGCGACCCUCGACGGCCAAGCGCAAAACUGGUUCACUUCUUUGCCCGAGAAAUCCAUCUCAACCUUUGCGGAUCUCUCGGGAAAAUUCUUGACAUACUACGCCAGCAGCAUCCCAAAGAAGAAGCAGUUCGCCAAUAUGUGUAAGUUGGAACAGUGGAGCACGGAAACAUUGACUGACUACCUCAUCAGGUGGAAGAAGGAGGCGAGGUCAGUGGAGAAUUUCGAUGAGAAGGCGGCCAUACCGAUCUUCACCAGCAAUGUCAGAUCGGGGCCCUUCCACCGCGACCUCGUCCAGAAUCGCCCGAAAACGUAUGCGGCGUUGCUGGACCGAGCGGCGAGGUUCACUGAGGCGAAGGAGGCUGAGAGGAAGAAGAAGGAGGAGGAACGAGGCCGGGGUCGAGACAAGGCACCCCAAGAGGAACGUCGGACUCCAAGGCCCCCGCGCCAAGGGCCCCGGUUGGCGCCCCUUCGUUGCCUGACCCCUCUAACACAUCCGGUGAGCGCUAUUUUGGAGCAUGCCGAGGUCAUGGGCAUCAUAUCAUACCCGGAUGAGUGUUUGAAGGUGUCGCCGAACGCGGAUCCGAACAAGUAUUGUCGUUUCCACAGACAGCAAGGACACGACACCAACGAGUGCAUGGUUCUCAAGAGACAGAUCGAGGAGCUGAUCCAAAGGGGUUACCUCGGUCAGUACGUUAAGAGGUCGGGGCAAGGCCGACCUCAAGGCCCGGGCAACGUGUGGAAGAAGAAGGGUGGCUCCGAGCCACCCGCCUCCGGGUCGUGUAAGAGGGAGCUCGACCAACUCACUGAGGAGGAGGAGAAGGAGUUGGACGAGCCCCACCCUCAAAAGAAGCAGGUCGUCCGCCAACCGCAUGAGAAAAAGCCGAGGAGAGAACCUAUUACCUUCACAGACGACGACCUCCCGGACGGCCCUUUACCGCAUCGCGAUGCCUUGGUGAUCACCUUGGACAUCAACAAUGUCAUCGUGCACCGGGUGCUGGUGGACACGGGGAGCUCGGUGAACGUCAUAUACUAUGACACGUUCACCAAGCUCGGCCUAUCAAGGAAACAAUUAACACAGGUCAGAACCCCGCUGUCCGGGUUCACGGGAGACUCCAUCGAGACGGAGGGUUCUAUCAGCCUCGAGGUGGAGAUAGGCACCCAGCCGCACGUCAAGAGGUGGGAGGUCGAGUUCGUGGUCGUCAAGAGCGAAUGCGCGCACAACAUCAUUCUUGGUCGACCCGCCUUGGAAGACCUCCGGAGCAUAAUAUCCAUGGAACACCUAUGUUUGAAGUUCCCCACCCCGACCGGGGUCGGGGUGGCAAGAGGAGAUCAGAAGGUUAGCCGAAGCUGCUAUUUGAAGGCAUGUCGCCAAAUCGGCAAAAGGGACCUCCAGGUCCACACUAUCGGCGAGAAGGCGUUACAAGGCGAGGAGGGUCGGCCCCGCGCCGAGCCCAUAGUCGAGACUGAGGAGGUCGUGCUGGACCUCGGCCGCCCCGAGAGGGUCGUCAAGGUCGGGACAGGGUUGCCGGCCGACCUCCGGGGUCGAAUCAUCAAGGUCAUCCGGCGCUUCAAGGACGUGUUCGCAUGGGGCCCCGAGGACAUGCCGGGGCUCGACCGCGAAGUGAUCACUCACAAAUUGGCGGUACUACCAAUAAACACUCUGUUGUAA